AGAGAAGAGAGAGGCGUGUGAGCCGUGCUCCACCGGCUAGCUCCUUCCCACUGCUCCCGCCUGGCAGUGCCAGGCAGCCCACACCAGCAUGGCCUUGCUCAUCCACCUCAAGACAGUCUCGGAGCUGCGGGGCAGGGGCGACCGGAUCGCCAAAGUGACUUUCCGAGGGCAAUCCUUCUACUCUCGGGUCCUGGAGAACUGUGAGGAUGUGGCUGACUUUGAUGAGACGUUUCGGUGGCCGGUGGCCAGCAGCAUCGACAGAAAUGAGAUGCUGGAGAUUCAGGUUUUCAACUACAGCAAAGUCUUCAGCAACAAGCUCAUCGGGACCUUCCGCAUGGUGCUGCAGAAGGUGGUAGAGGAGAGCUAUGUGGAGGUGACUGACACGCUGAUUGAUGACAACAAUGCUAUCAUCAAGACCAGCCUGUGCGUGGAGGUCCGGUAUCAGGCCACUGACGGCACAGUGGGCUCCUGGGAUGAUGGGGACUUCCUGGAAGAUGAGUCUCUUCAAGAGGAAGAGAAGGACAGCCAAGAGACGGAUGGACUGCUCCCAGGCUCCCGGCCCAGCUCCCGGCCCCCAGGAGAGAAGAGCUUCCGGAGAGCCGGGAGGAGCGUGUUCUCCGCCAUGAAGCUCGGCAAAAACCGGUCUCACAAGGAGGAGCCCCAAAGACCAGAUGAACCGGCGGUGCUGGAGAUGGAAGACCUUGACCAUCUGGCCAUUCGGCUAGGGGAUGGACUGGAUCCCGACUCGGUGUCUCUAGCCUCAGUCACAGCUCUCACCACUAAUGUCUCCAACAAGCGAUCUAAGCCAGACAUUAAGAUGGAGCCAAGUGCUGGGCGGCCCAUGGAUUACCAGGUCAGCAUCACGGUGAUCGAGGCCCGGCAGCUGGUGGGCUUGAACAUGGACCCUGUGGUGUGCGUGGAGGUGGGUGACGACAAGAAGUACACGUCCAUGAAGGAGUCCACUAACUGCCCCUAUUACAACGAGUACUUCGUCUUCGACUUCCAUGUCUCUCCGGAUGUCAUGUUUGACAAGAUCAUCAAGAUUUCGGUGAUUCACUCCAAGAACCUGCUGCGCAGUGGCACCCUGGUGGGCUCCUUCAAAAUGGACGUGGGAACCGUGUACUCGCAGCCAGAGCACCAGUUCCAUCACAAGUGGGCCAUCCUGUCUGACCCCGAUGACAUCUCCUCGGGGCUGAAGGGCUACGUGAAGUGUGACGUUGCCGUGGUGGGCAAAGGGGACAACAUCAAGACGCCCCACAAGGCCAAUGAGACCGACGAAGAUGACAUUGAGGGGAACUUGCUGCUCCCCGAGGGGGUGCCCCCCGAACGCCAGUGGGCACGGUUCUACGUGAAAAUUUACCGAGCAGAGGGGCUGCCCCGUAUGAACACAAGCCUCAUGGCCAAUGUAAAGAAGGCUUUCAUCGGUGAAAACAAGGACCUCGUGGACCCCUACGUGCAAGUCUUCUUUGCUGGCCAGAAGGGCAAGACUUCAGUGCAGAAGAGCAGCUAUGAGCCCCUGUGGAAUGAGCAGGUCAUCUUUACAGACCUCUUCCCCCCACUCUGCAAACGCAUGAAGGUGCAGAUCCGAGACUCGGACAAGGUCAACGACGUGGCCAUCGGCACCCACUUCAUUGACCUGCGCAAGAUUUCUAAUGAUGGAGACAAAGGCUUCCUGCCCACACUGGGCCCAGCCUGGGUGAACAUGUACGGCUCCACACGUAACUACACGCUGCUGGACGAGCAUCAGGACCUGAAUGAGGGCCUGGGGGAGGGUGUGUCCUUCCGGGCCCGGCUCCUGCUGGGCCUGGCCGUGGAGAUCCUAGACACCUCCAACCCUGAGCUCACCAGCUCCACAGAGGUGCAGGUGGAGCAGGCCACGCCCAUCUCAGAGAGCUGUGCAGGUAAAAUGGAAGAAUUCUUUCUCUUUGGAGCCUUCCUGGAGGCCUCAAUGAUCGACCGGAGAAACGGAGACAAGCCCAUCACCUUUGAGGUCACCAUAGGCAACUAUGGGAACGAAGCUGAUGGCCUGUCCCGGCCCCAGCGGCCUCGGCCCCGGAAGGAGCCGGGGGGUGAGGAAGAAGUAGACCUGAUUCAGAACGCAAGUGAUGACGAGGCCGGUGAUGCCGGGGACCUGGCCUCAGUCUCCUCCACUCCACCAAUGCGGCCCCAGGUCACCGACAGGAACUACUUCCAUCUGCCCUACCUGGAGCGAAAGCCCUGCAUCUACAUCAAGAGCUGGUGGCCGGACCAGCGCCGCCGCCUCUACAAUGCCAACAUCAUGGACCACAUUGCUGACAAGCUGGAAGAAGGCCUGAACGACGUACAGGAGAUGAUCAAAACGGAGAAGUCCUACCCUGAGCGUCGCCUGCGGGGCGUCCUGGAGGAGCUGAGCUGUGGCUGCUGCCGCUUCCUCUCCCUCGCUGACAAGGACCAGGGCCACUCAUCCCGCACCAGACUUGACCGGGAGCGCCUCAAGUCCUGCAUGAGGGAGCUGGAAAACAUGGGGCAGCAGGCCAGGACGCUGCGGGCCCAGGUGAAGCGGCACACGGUGCGGGACAAGCUGAGGCUGUGCCAGAACUUCCUGCAGAAGCUGCGCUUCCUGGCGGACGAGCCCCAGCACAGCGUUCCCGACAUCUUCAUCUGGAUGAUGAGCAACAACAAGCGUGUCGCCUAUGCCCGUGUGCCCUCCAAGGACCUGCUCUUCUCCAUCGUGGAGGAGGAGACCGGCAAGGACUGCGCCAAGGUCAAGACGCUCUUCCUCAAGUUGCCAGGGAAGCGGGGCUUCGGCUCGGCAGGCUGGACAGUGCAGGCCAAGGUGGAGCUCUACCUGUGGCUGGGCCUCAGCAAACAGCGCAAGGAGUUCCUGUGCGGCCUGCCCUGUGGCUUCCAGGAGGUCAAGGCAGCCCAGGGCCUGGGCCUGCAUGCCUUCCCACCCGUCAGCCUGGUCUACACCAAGAAGCAGGCGUUCCAGCUCCGAGCGCACAUGUACCAGGCCCGCAGCCUCUUUGCCGCCGACAGCAGCGGACUCUCAGACCCCUUUGCCCGCGUCUUCUUCAUCAAUCAGAGUCAGUGCACAGAGGUGCUGAAUGAGACCCUGUGUCCCACCUGGGACCAGAUGCUGGUGUUCGACAACCUGGAGCUCUAUGGUGAAGCUCAUGAGCUGAGGGACGAUCCGCCCAUCAUUGUCAUUGAAAUCUAUGACCAGGAUUCCAUGGGCAAAGCUGACUUCAUGGGCCGGACCUUCGCCAAACCCCUGGUGAAGAUGGCAGACGAGGCGUACUGCCCACCCCGCUUCCCACCUCAGCUCGAGUACUACCAGAUCUACCGUGGCAACGCCACAGCUGGAGACCUGCUGGCGGCCUUCGAGCUGCUGCAGAUUGGACCAGCAGGGAAGGCUGACCUGCCCCCCAUCAAUGGCCCGGUGGACGUGGACCGAGGUCCCAUCAUGCCUGUGCCCAUGGGCAUCCGGCCCGUGCUCAGCAAGUACCGAGUGGAGGUGCUGUUCUGGGGCCUACGGGACCUAAAGCGGGUGAACCUGGCCCAGGUGGACCGGCCACGGGUGGACAUCGAGUGUGCAGGGAAGGGGGUGCAGUCGUCCCUGAUCCACAAUUAUAAGAAGAACCCCAACUUCAACACCCUCGUCAAGUGGUUUGAAGUGGACCUCCCAGAGAACGAGCUGCUGCACCCGCCCUUGAACAUCCGUGUGGUGGACUGCCGGGCCUUCGGUCGCUACACACUGGUGGGCUCCCAUGCCGUCAGCUCCCUGCGACGCUUCAUCUACCGGCCCCCAGACCGCUCGGCCCCCAGCUGGAACACCACGGUCUGGCUUCUCCGACGCUGCCGUGUGCUGUGCAAUGGGGGCUCCUCCUCUCACUCCACAGGGGAGGUUGUGGUGACUAUGGAGCCAGAGGUACCCAUCAAGAAACUGGAGACCAUGGUGAAGCUGGACGCGACUUCUGAAGCUGUUGUCAAGGUGGAUGUGGCUGAGGAGGAGAAGGAGAAGAAGAAGAAGAAGAAGGGCACUGCGGAGGAGCCAGAGGAGGAGGAGCCAGACGAGAGCAUGCUGGACUGGUGGUCCAAGUACUUUGCCUCCAUUGACACCAUGAAGGAGCAACUUCGACAACAAGAGCCCUCUGGAAUUGACUUGGAGGAGAAGGAGGAAGUGGACAAUACCGAGGGCCUGAAGGGGUCAAUGAAGGGCAAGGAGAAGGCAAGGGCUGCCAAAGAGGAGAAGAAGAAGAAAACUCAGAGCUCUGGCUCUGGCCAGGGGUCCGAGGCCCCCGAGAAGAAGAAACCCAAGAUUGAUGAGCUUAAGGUAUACCCCAAAGAGCUGGAGUCCGAGUUUGAUAACUUUGAGGACUGGCUGCACACUUUCAACUUGCUUCGGGGCAAGACCGGGGAUGAUGAGGAUGGCUCCACCGAGGAGGAGCGCAUUGUGGGACGCUUCAAGGGCUCCCUCUGCGUGUACAAAGUGCCACUCCCAGAGGACGUGUCCCGGGAAGCCGGCUACGACUCCACCUACGGCAUGUUCCAGGGCAUCCCGAGCAAUGAGCCCAUCAAUGUGCUGGUCCGAGUCUAUGUGGUCCGGGCCACGGACCUGCACCCUGCCGACAUCAACGGCAAAGCUGACCCCUACAUCGCCAUCCGGCUAGGCAAGACUGACAUCCGCGACAAGGAGAACUACAUCUCCAAGCAGCUCAACCCUGUCUUUGGGAAGUCCUUUGACAUCGAGGCCUCCUUCCCCAUGGAAUCCAUGCUGACGGUGGCUGUGUAUGACUGGGACCUGGUGGGCACUGAUGACCUCAUUGGGGAAACCAAGAUCGACCUGGAGAACCGCUUCUACAGCAAGCACCGCGCCACCUGCGGCAUCGCUCAGACCUACUCCACACAUGGCUACAAUAUCUGGCGGGACCCCAUGAAGCCCAGCCAGAUCCUGACCCGCCUCUGCAAAGACGGCAAAGUGGACGGCCCCCACUUUGGGCCCCCUGGGAGAGUGAAGGUGGCCAACCGCGUCUUCACUGGGCCCUCUGAGAUUGAGGACGAGAACGGUCAGAGGAAGCCCACAGACGAGCAUGUGGCGCUGUUGGCCCUGAGGCACUGGGAGGACACCCCCCGCGCAGGCUGCCGCCUGGUGCCAGAGCACGUGGAGACGAGGCCGCUGCUCAACCCCGAUAAGCCGGGCAUCGAGCAGGGCCGCCUGGAGCUGUGGGUGGACAUGUUCCCCAUGGACAUGCCAGCCCCUGGGACGCCUCUGGACAUCUCACCUCGGAAGCCCAAGAAGUACGAGCUGCGGGUCAUCAUCUGGAACACAGAUGAGGUGGUCUUGGAGGACGACGACUUCUUCACAGGGGAGAAGUCCAGUGACAUCUUCGUGAGGGGGUGGCUGAAGGGCCAGCAGGAGGACAAGCAGGACACAGACGUCCACUACCACUCCCUCACUGGGGAGGGCAACUUCAACUGGCGCUACCUGUUCCCCUUCGACUACCUGGCGGCGGAGGAGAAGAUCGUCAUCUCCAAGAAGGAGUCCAUGUUCUCCUGGGACGAGACCGAGUACAAGAUCCCCGCACGGCUCACCCUGCAGAUCUGGGAUGCGGACCACUUCUCCGCUGACGACUUCCUGGGGGCCAUCGAGCUGGACCUGAACCGGUUCCCGCGGGGCGCAAAGACAGCCAAGCAGUGCACCAUGGAGAUGGCCACCGGGGAGGUGGACGUGCCCCUCGUGUCCAUCUUCAAGCAAAAGCGCGUCAAAGGCUGGUGGCCCCUCCUGGCCCGCAAUGAGAACGAUGAGUUUGAGCUCACGGGCAAGGUGGAGGCUGAGCUGCAUUUACUGACAGCAGAGGAGGCAGAGAAGAACCCAGUGGGCCUGGCCCGCAAUGAACCUGACCCCCUAGAGAAACCCAACCGGCCCGACACGAGCUUCAUCUGGUUCCUGAACCCUCUCAAGUCGGCUCGCUACUUCUUGUGGCACACGUAUCGCUGGCUGCUCCUCAAACUGUUGCUGCUCCUGCUGCUGCUCCUCCUCCUCGCCCUGUUCCUCUACUCUGUGCCUGGCUACCUGGUCAAGAAAAUCCUCGGGGCCUGAGCCCAGUGGCCUCCUGGCCGGCCCGACACGGCCUUCGUCUGGUUCCUCAACCCUCUCAAGUCCAUCAAGUACCUCAUCUGCACCCGGUACAAGUGGCUCAUCAUCA